ACGGAAUUGUUGCCUUUGAACACGGACAACGGCGACGGUGAACCUUUCGCGAGCGUCAGUCGUGGACCAGGUCAUCGUCCUCGCGCUCUUGUGAUCAUACCAGCCCAUCUCGGCGCGCUCCUCUCUUUUAAUCUUUCUUCUCUUCUCCUUAUCCCCUUAUUCCAUCUCUCUGCGCGUGAUUUCUCUCCACGGUUCCUCACGCGCAAAGUCUGCGAUAUAGUUCACCUACCCCAACCACCACCCAUCUCGCGAACGUCAUGGCUUCCUCCUCGUCAUCCGCCAACGCAUCAACAUCCCUCAGCCCAACAGCAAGCCUGAAAGCUCAACUCGAGAGCAACGAUGAGAAGAACAGCGUUGUUAUCAAGGUUGGCAUGGUAGGGGAUUCGCAGAUUGGCAAGACAAGCUUGAUGGUCAAGUAUGUCGAGGGCAGUUUUGACGAGGACUAUAUCCAGACGCUGGGCGUCAACUUCAUGGAGAAGACUAUCUCCGUCCGUCGAACCACUAUCACGUUCUCCAUCUGGGAUCUAGGGGGUCAACGCGAGUUUGUCAACAUGCUCCCACUUGUGUGCAAUGAUGCCGUUGCGAUACUAUUCAUGUUCGAUUUGUCACGAAAGUCGACACUCAAUUCGGUGAAAGAAUGGUACAGGCAGGCGCGAGGUUUCAAUAAGACUGCUAUCCCAUUCUUGAUUGGAACCAAGUUCGACCAGUUCGCCACAUUUCCACGAGAUGAGCAGGAGGAGAUCACGAAACAGGCAAAACGAUUCGCACGGGCAAUGCAUGCUUCGCUAAUAUUCUGCUCAACAUCGGCGUCAAUCAAUGUGCAAAAGAUCUUCAAGAUCGUCCUUGCGAAAGCCUUCGAUCUCAAAUGUGUCAUUCCCGAAAUCGAGGGUGUUGGAGAACCUAUUCUGAUUUACGUCGACGUAUAGUGACGAGUUCAGUCGCUGGAUGGACGUCAGGUUUUUUCCAGAGAAUGCUUAGAUGAAUGUGAAGGCGGAAGGAGGAACAGAUCUAGUUACUGGCAGUCUGAUUUGUGGUCUCGUCGUGGAGCAAUCUGUAACACUUCUUGCCAUAAGACAACGGCUACACUGGAAUCUGCUCGUAAAACAAGAUAGAUCCCGGUCACAAGGGAGUUGCUCUUGCGGAGUGACAAGACUGGACGCAAAUAAAACUUCGCCUGCUAUCAUUCAUUAUGAUUCAUUAUAUCGCUCCCACGCAUCGCUCCUUAAUUGGCAUAUUCCAGUCUGCAUUAUCCCCAUGUUGUCGCUUUCCUUGCUGCAUUCCCCUUUACCAACACCGUCUAUAUACUCACUUCGCCUGUACUUUACCGUCGUAUCUAAAACUUAUCAAUCACUUCUGGAUGCGUACAUACUUAUAUGAUCGUAUGCGUAUUACGUCAGCGCGACCUCACUCUCUCAACCCACGCCGAAACAAUGCAAGCGCCGAAGCCCACUCUACCUACUUCUACAUACGAUAACAUUCUGGAGCGACUGUCGAAAGAGUCUGCGUGGUCCGGCGAAGAUGAAUCGGCUGUAUUGGAACCCUACACUUAUAUAACCUCGAAUCCUGGCAAGGACAUCAGAACGCGCCUCCUGACAGCAUUCAACGCCUGGAUCAAUGUCCCUGAAAGCCAGUUGGAUCAGAUCUCCAAGGUCAUAAGUAUGCUGCACAAUGCAAGCUUGAUGGUUGACGAUAUUGAAGAUGACUCACAACUACGGCGUGGAAUACCUGUGACACACAAGAUCUAUGGCGUUCCACAAACUAUCAACACCGCAAACUACGUGUACUUCUUGGCUUACCAGAAUAUGUUUGAUCUCGCGGAGCCAGGAGACCUGAAGCCCUCUCAGACAGAGCUCAUAUCCAUCAUUACUUCGGAGUUGAUCUCGCUUCAUCGUGGACAAGGUCUAGAGCUCCUUUGGAGAGAUUCGCUGACGUGCCCCACGGAAGAUCAGUACAUUAGCAUGGUGAACGACAAAACCGGUGGGCUGCUUCGCAUCGGCAUCAAACUCCUGAUGGCCUGCGGAACGACCAAUCUUGAGACUGACUAUGUCCCACUGGUCAACCUCAUCGGUGUCUGGUUCCAAAUCAGAGAUGAUUACAUGAAUCUGCGAAGUGGAGAAUAUAUAUCCAAUAAAGGCUUCGCAGAGGAUCUGACCGAGGGAAAGUUUUCAUUCCCGAUUGUUCACGGCAUCCACGCCGACAAAUCUAAUCGGCAGAUACUGAAUACUCUCCAGAAACGACCCAGGACGCCUACUCUCAAGAUUCAUACAAUUUCGUAUCUGGACCAACGCACCCGUUCGUUUGAGUAUACUCGUGGUGUUCUCGCCACUUUGGAGGGACAAAUGCGGGCUGAAAUCGCGCGACUCGGAGGUAAUGGACGUCUGGAAGCAAUUGUGAAUGCGUUGUCCUUGCCUGAGGAGUAGCUGUUUGUUGUACAUCAAAUUGUGUCGGAUUCUGACUUUUAGAAUUUUAAGUUGUUGACCCACUCGGCCGUAUGAUAGCCGC